CCGAUUACACCAUCAUAAGAUCUCUUGACAAAAAUCAUAACGUUUAUUGCUUAUUAAACGAAAUGUUUCCCAAUAAAGGCGCGGAGACUUGCUAUAAAAAUAUGGUGGGGAAAAUGGUGGCCAUUUAGUUGAGCAGCAGGCUGAUUUAUUAUUUAUUGUUCUGUCCCACGGUCACGUGUUUGGGGCGCCCUAUCCAAAGGUUCAACUUACUGGACGCAUUGAGCUCCUUGCUGGUGCAGGAAAGCAUCACAUUAUCUGCCAUGAAUCUGUUUUUUCUAAACAUUGCAAGACUGUAACGCGUUAUAUAGCCUACAUUUUUUUUGCUUUUGCAUUUUUUGCAAUGUCGGCGUUGGGAACAAGUUAUUAUGUUGAGUCGUCUGUUCUUCCCGAGCAGGAAGAUAUGGCACCGAGGUACUCGUCAGCUGCAGGGGUGGAGCAGGCGAUGCUCACCGAAUAUGGCGGACAGGAAUCUUGCACUUUGCAGGCAAAAUCUUCUAUUUUUGGUGGAUCUUGGAGUCCCAUCUCGUCCCACCCUCCGAACACUGCCACUCCGACCUAUAUUCAUCACCAUUAUACGAGCGGGGACAGCGAUGGCAUGUUUACGCGCUCCUGGGCGUUGGAUCCGGUCUCUGCGUCCCUGUGUUUGACGGGCUUACCAUCGACAGCCAUGCAUUAUGAGAUAAAACCCGAGCCUCUGAUUGGGAGUGCUGAAUGUACAACUUUGGAAACGCACACACCUCUUUUGUCUGACAUUGAAAAUGGAGCAUCCCUUGCGGAUAUUUCCUGCGAAACCACAUCCACGUCUAAAGCCACUGAAGAGAGUCCGUCAUCAGAGGACAAGAGGAAGAUAGAUGCAAAUAACCCAUCAUCCAACUGGCUUCACGCAAAGCCCACCCGAAAAAAACGUUGUCCAUAUACAAAGCAUCAAAUCCUCGAACUGGAAAAGGAGUUUCUGUUUAACAUGUACCUUCCCCGGGAUCGUAGAUACGAAGUAGCAAGAGUCCUGAGUUUGACCGAGAGACAGGUGAAAAUCUGGUUUCAGAACCGCAGGAUGAAGAUGAAGAAAGAAAACAAAGACCGGCGGAGAGACAGUUAACUUCUUUUGGACUGAUGGUGAAUUGGGGGGG